AUGCAUUCUAGAGAUUUGCUUUGGGCACUUUCCAUACUUAUGGCUAUUAACACCUCUGAACCUUCUCGGUCACGUAGUCACAUGACUGCAGUGGCAGGGGAGCCUUUCUAUUUGGAGUAUUGCCCAUCUUCAGCGGAGCGUGAGGAUCCAAAAGGAAUGAUACGGUGGAUCAAAAAAAAGGGGGCCCUUGAGCAAAUUGAGCUGGACCCAAGAAAUUCAUCCAGGAUCAUGUUUAAUGGUUGUGCUUUGGAGUUUUGGCCAGUUGAAUUGGAUGACAGUGGAUUGUACAUUUUUAAAAUGGGAAAUGACACUUGGAACUGGAAUCUAAUGGUUAUCAGCAGAAAUGAACACCGAUGCUUUACUGAAAACCGGGUAACCAGUAAAAGCGUGGAAGUUAAAAAGAAUUUAGAAUUACGGUGUGGAAAUCAUCACUAUAAAAAAUGGGUCCAGAGAACAUCAUUCUAUAAGGACUGUCGAGAGAUAACAGAGAACAAUAAAAACCCAUUUAAUUCUCAAAUGAAUGCAGAAUUUCAAGAUAUGGGGUAUUACACCUGUGUCCAUUCUCUUCAUUAUAAUGGGAAACUAUUCAAUGUCACCAAUACCUUCAAUGUAUCAGUAACUGGAGAUCGCAAUAAUAUAAUUCCGGUUCUUUAUGGAUCAAAGUUUAACGAGAUUGAAGUGGAAUUAGGAAAAGAUAAACAGCUCAACUGCUCUGCUUUGGUGAAUGAAGAUGAUAAUAUUUAUUGGAGCAUCUGGAGAGAAAAUGGAAUCGAUCCUAAUGUACAUGAAGAGAAUGAAAUAAAAACUAAGACCACAGAUGGCAAAUGGCAGGCUUCAAGAGUAUUAUCCAUCGAGAAUAUUAACGAAAAUAACUUGAAUUUUCCAUAUAAUUGCACUGUGAUCAGCGGGGAAGGCUCAGAAACCAACGUCUUCAUCUUGGUGAGGAAAGGCGGUAUUGAUGAUAUCCCAGACCACAUUUUCACCCGAGGAAUGAUAACAGCUUCUUUGAUCUUGGUGGCCGUUGUGUUUGUAGUGAUUGGCUGUUAUAUUUAUAGAGUUGACUUGACUUUAUUUUAUAGACGCUUCAUUGGAAAAGAUGAAACAUUAACAGAUGGGAAGACCUAUGAUGCUUUUGUGUCUUACCUCAAAGAAUGUCGACCGGAAAAUUGUGAGGAGCACACCUUUGCUGUGGAGAUUUUGCCCAGUGUUUUGGAAAAACAUUUUGGAUAUCGAUUGUGCAUCUUUGAAAGGGAUGUCCUGCCUGGAGGAGCUGUUGUUGAUGAAAUCCAUUCACUGAUAGAAAAGAGCCGAAGAAUAAUCAUUGUCCUAAGCGAACGUUACAUGUCUAAUAAAGUCAGGUAUGAACUUGAAAGUGGACUCCAUGAGGCACUGGUGGAAAGAAAAAUUAAAAUAAUCCUAAUUGAAUUCACACCUGUUCGUGAUGUCAUGUUCCUGCCCCAAUCGCUAGAGCUUUUGAAAUCUCAUCGAGUUCUGAAGUGGAAGGCAGAAAAGUCUCUUUCCUAUAACUCAAGCUUCUGGAAAAAUCUUCGUUACUUGAUGCCUGCAAAAACCAUCAAGCCAGGCAUAGACAAAUCAGAAGUUCUGCCUGUUUUAUCCAGGCCUGACCAUCAGCAACGCUGA